CCAGUCCGAUUCCUCGUCGCAGUGCGAUACGGUCGAUAGAAGCAAGUCACGUAGUGUAGGCCACGGUGGUUGCAUUAAAUUGCAGUAACGAGUGCGACGCUACCGCAUGGCAUACGAGGGGUCACCCCCAAGUAUCGCGGAUCACUUUGUGCGCUUCUUCCCCCUCGGAACGAGCCUGUUCAUUCCGCUUGUAGAUGCUGAAGAAGUCACGAUCACGUGAACAAAACAGUUAAUUUUGAAAUAUUCAUCGUGGAGUGUUCAUCAAUAUUACAGUAAAAGUUUACUAUAUGUGGUGAAAAGAGUAAUUUUUGCAUAAAAAUUGUGUUUAUACAGUAUGCAGUUUAUAUACAAUUAUAUCAACUAUUCUAGAUGAAGAAACGUGUUUCACGUGUUUGUUGAAAGUUUUUGUAGAAAUCUUUAAUAACUUUACUUAAAAAAAAAUUUAAUUUAGUUUUUUUUCCAUUGAACCUUGUGUUUUUUGUCGACCUCGGUGACAAAACAAUAGUAUGGAGAUUUUACGCAUUUAUACGAGCGUCUAAGACUCAUUAUCUGCGAACUUGGAAAACAAAGGCAUCUCCAGAGUGUAAAGAAUCCUUAACGAGACCGCAGAUAAUCUUCGGAGAAAUCAGAAACGGCCGAUUCAUCACAGUCACGUGAAAUCCUUUUAUAUCUGCGAGUUGACAAUUGCGGUCUUACGGCUGAAAGAAUCUGCAUAGAUCGAUCGCUUCAGAAUUUCUUGAUGUGGAACUUCUUGACGUGACGCGAUCGCGAUACAAAACUUGGGAUAAAAAGUAGAUGAAAGAGUCGUCGAAAAAAAUACGAAGAAGGUGUACAAAUAAAUACGCUUGAACGAACAUCAGUCAACUAUAACGUCUCGUAUAAACAGAAAUGUCAUCAUUACCGUGACAUUGAAUACUGGCUGUGAAAAUUGUUUACGUAUCGAGCGGACAUUGAUAUCGGGACACUUUACGUAUUCACAUCACGACUUUCCGAAUCGUGACACGAGGAACUACUGAUCUUGGAAGGAGAUAUCGAGAAAUCUUAUUUUUGGUUCCGAAUCGUUGAAUAGUAAUUUCAUGGUGAUUUGCAUCGAAAGGUCAGUGGUUUAUUUGCCGAGCGUAUUCUGCUAGUGCAGAAUAAUGCCGGCUACGUCAAAGCUUUUGGACUCGUUUUUCGUCAGAUAUCGCGAAGAUAUCUUCGAGUCAACUUGGAAGAUUACGCGCGCGAGCUACAAAGUGCAACUUUAAGGGUGGAAAUUUGAAGACGUGGAUGCAGAGACGCCUAUAAACUAUCGAUUGACCUGCAUCUUGAAGAGGAUGCUUCCUUCGGUCUCGUAACAAGCAGAAUUCUCGUUGAAGUCACGUGUCGCGUGGAACGCGAGGACAGACGCAUCGAGAGGAGAGAAAGGAGAAAAGGGACAGCUAGCGGGUGAGGAAGGGAGACGUUUUCCAACCACGCGACACCACGACGUCGUCACGGAAAAUCGAUUCGCCGCCGACCACCCCGCUACAACCACCCGUCGCAGUGCAAUGACCUCCAAACCGGGAAGAUCCUAUAGCGUGAGGUCUCCGAGAAUCGGAGGUCCUCUUUCGCAGUCGUUGGCUAUGAUCCCUCCGACCAUGCACGGGCAUGAGUUCAAUCAACCCUUGUCGAGGGUGGUUAUGGUCCGUAAAACGGAUCAAAGGACAUUCAGCAAAGGAAGAAGAGGUGGUGAACCUCUUCUGGAAACUGUUACCAGGGAAACCGUCGAAUUAUUUAACGGUGGCCGAGCCGAGAGGAAGUAUACCUCCGAAACGAGGGACAUUGUUACACCAAAGUCUAGCAGCAUGCCGUCGCUCAACGUGCACGGAACGAAAAAGAAGUCGGUUGGCUUUGUCGAUCAAGUGUCGCCCGACAGGUAUAAUUGCCUAUGCGGCACAAACUUGCAGUUUAACCAAAUUCCGAUUCCAGUGAAGCGAGAGUCGAGGACAGACUCGGUAAGAUCGAAAUCUCCGUUGGCGGCUUCGCCAGCAUCACCGGGACCGUUGUCGAAUUCCUUGCACGGUAGUUUCCAUGGCAGUCUAGGAAGCGAUGGCAUGUCUUGCAGUAGCGCCAGAUCCUCUUCGGCGUCUCCCGAUUCCGCAAGAUAUUCAUCCUCACAGAUAACAAAGAUUGACACGCGUAAACCGUCUGUACGCAGAUCGGGGCCUCCGAAGGAAUUUAUUAAUGUCUGUCUCGACACGCAUAAUUUCUACCGAUCGCGGCAUGGUGUACCGCCGUUACGACUCAGCAAGCAGCUUUGCAAGACAAGUCAAGACUGGGCUAAUAUAUUAGCGACUAGAGGUAGAUUAGAACACAGAGCGAAUAUUGAUUAUGGAGAGAAUCUCUAUUGCAUGUGGAGUUCCAAUCCAAAGACUAUUGUUGGCGGUGAAGAACCCGUGAAUGAUUGGUAUGCUGAAGAGGCUCAGCAUCAAUACGGAAAGGAACCUACAACAUUAAAGACUGGUCACUUCACGCAAGUGAUCUGGAGGGACAGUACUGAAUUAGGAGUAGGAAUGGCUAGGAAUAGAAAUGGCGAGGUCUAUGUUGUGUGUAAUUACAAUCCUGCUGGGAAUUUCCUAGGCAGUUUCACAGAGAACGUUCUUCCACCUGUGGAUGCUGGUCCUGCGAAACGGAUUAAUUUUACCGACCUAAAGCAACACUAUAUAAACGAGCAAACGUGGCAGCAGGAGGCAUUACUGGUUCACAAUGAAUAUCGAAGGAAACAUCGUGUACCAGAUUUAAGAUUGAGUCCGGAGUUAACGGCUGCUGCCAAGGCCUGGGCAAACACAUUGCUAAAUACAAAUAAACUGAUACCUCAGUCGUCGUCUCCGUACGGCGAAAAUAUUUAUUCGAUGCAGUGUUCCGAUCCUAAACUGAUCGUUUCUGCACGUGAAGUCAUUUCAAAGUGGUAUUCCGAGAAGAAGGAACAUAAAUUUAGCAUCGAACCGAAAGUUCUCAAUACAUGCCACUUUACACAAAUUGUCUGGAAAAGCACGACUGAAAUGGGCAUUGCUAUGGCUAAGCGAGAUGGUACUUGUGUUGUAGUGGCAUGUUACCAUCCGAGAGGUAACAUAGUUGGACAGUUCACUGAAAAUGUACUGAAGCCUGUGAAGGGCGUUUGUUAGCCGAACUUACUUCUAUCGAUAAUGUAUUUAUGUAUCGUGGAGAUGAAUUCGUAAUAUAUGUAAUGUAUAUACAACACUUGUGCAUACACAUAUAAUAAACAUUCCACAUACACAUAUUUUUAA